AUGUCCCUGUUCCCAUCCGGCCGUUGUCGGGCGGCCGACAGCCAGUUGUUCCGAGCUGAAGCGAGCGACACGGCGUCAUCACCCACCCUUAAAGUCGGGUGGCGUCCGCGGCUCCUGCGCCUCAACCUUACUCGGAUGCGACCCAACGCCCGGUACUGCACCACGACUGCUCAUUUUGGCGAAUGGUUGAACCCGACAGGCUGGAGACCGUGA